AUGUCGAAACGGAAGGCGGAACCCUCCCGACGAGUUGCAAAACGACGGAGGGGAGGAGUCCCUGCCUUUGGUGCAGAAAAUGAGGAUGACCAGGUCAAUCUAGCAUCGGGCAUCUCCACAGCAUCUGCCUUUUCCACUCGCUCUUUGCUGUCUACUGGCUCAAUACCUAAUCUUUCCGCAUUAUGUGCACGCUCCUUUGUCGCAAACCUGCAGGCACUACACGAAACUCGUGAUGAUUGGGAAAACACGUUCAAGUGGCUGAAACUUAUGCCUGACAAUUUGGUGCCCAAACUGUUCGCCAUGCUGAGAUCCUCCUGUCCACAAAUACUUACCAAUACAAUGAUAAUUGACUACUUUUUACGAGGCCCGUCGAUCGUAUUGACCAGCGACAUCCCAGUAAUAAAUAGAAUCACCUUUUUGGAAGUUGCUUAUGCUGGCAAUUCACUGCAUGAGCUGCACCUUACGGGAUUCGCUAAAUUCGCCGACUCUGUCUUCGCAGCUAUCCUGCCUUCCGUGCCGUCCCUCAAAGUCUUGGUUCUUCGUGGUUGCGCUAAAGUGGGGUCCGCCACUGCGGAAGCCGCCGCACGGUCUUGCCAUUUGCUUUCAACCGUCAACUUUAAUUACACUACCGUCCCGCCCGUGGCACUCGUCCCACUCCUUAAAGCUUGUUCUGACCUUAAGGUGCUGAAGCUCGCCGGGAUACCGAACUGGACCGACGCAACCUUUGCCAAAUUAUCUUCUGCGGUAUUCCAAGAUGAUAGUUUCAUGCUGAGGAAUAUGAGUACAUUGAAACUACGUCAAUUGGGCCUUUCAGAAAGCUCAAUUUAUUCCUUCUUGGCCCGCUGUCCGAACCUCACUCGGCUGGACCUCUCCUUCACGCACGUCCACCGACCACUACCGGUUGUGUUAGCAGAGGCGAGAAUUGAGAAGCUGUCCUUGACAUCCACUGCGAUUUGCAGCACCGAUGUUGUGGCGCUCAUCUCUAGUCUUCCUCAUCUGAAAUCUCUCGCUCUUGGGGCCCUUGGCGGUGGGCAAGGGUCUUCGGUAGCUAUUGGGAAUACCUCUGCGAUGACGAUGACGGACCAAACGCUGGAUUCAUUGACAGACGUGUUGAAGGAUUUUGGGCAACUCGAAAAGAUUAGUUUGGUCGGAAAUACAAAACUAGGGGUCGCUUCUCGUGGUGGUGGAGCCGCCCUCGAAUACUUCAUUCGAUGCGUCGGAAGGAAAUGCAAGUACCUCAACUUGUCAGGUGUGCAUCACCUACAGUCCCGUCAUCUCGCUGGCCUCUUUCCGCAAGACGAUGAAAAUCAACCACCCAGACUCGAACAACUCAUUCUCAACAACACUGGUGUGGACGAUGAAGCCGCACCUUAUUUGGCAUGUUGUUCAAAUCUUGUGGCGCUUGAACUAGCGGGCACAAAAAUAAGCAGUGCUGGUCUCUUUUCUGUUGUCGACAACUGCCCUAAACUACAAACGUUGAACCUUACAAGCUGUAGGGGGGUAAGUGUGACUAUUAGACGUCGUUUUUUCGAGGCGUGGGAGGACAACUCAGCGGAGACUCGUUGA